CUACAAACACAACCCCUUCAUUCAUCCCCAUCAAUUGCCCUGUCUAGUUUCGGCUUCUCCGACUGCCCCAGGGUCAAUACCAGAAUCAAUCAACUACUCGGCAUCACAAUCCUUCGAAUCAACAAAAAGCACAGCAUAUCAUGACCUGAGAGUUCUUUGACUUCGUGGAGCUGCUUGGUUCCUUCUGUUCAAUCCCUUAACUCGAUUCAUUUUCUGUUUUCGCCAGUCAGCCUUCUCUCACUGCGCCUGCGCUCCUCUCUUUUGCGCGCGAUCCAGUAUUCCUCUUGUCCCGAACAGCGUCAUCGAUCAGUCCUGCACGACAUAUUUCAUCUUCGAUACUCCCACCGGCGCACCCAGCACGCUUCCUCGUCCCACCGCGCUUCGUGCCACCAUGUCGAACCCCGAACAUACCUUGGGCGUAACGCCUCCUAUCUCGACCGCACUACCUACCGAUGCCGAGAAACGACAGACCGAGGCCCUUCUCAAAGAGCUGCGCGCGCAGGGCACGUUUGAAAGUCAGGCCGAAACUGACAAGAGAUGGGCGGUGCUCGCAGACCUCCAGCGAAUUACAGAUGAGUUUGUGAAGAGGGCCGCCCAGGAAAAGGAGCCGCACAAUUCUAUCCUGAUUCGCGACGCUCGAGGCAGAAUAUUCACAUAUGGCAGUUUUCGCUUGGGUGUGUAUGGGCCGGGAUCCGAUAUCGAUACCCUCGUCGUUGUACCCAAGUACGUCACUGUCAAGCAAUACUUCGACAUCUUUCCCGACCUUCUUGUCGAAAUGGCUCCCCCUGGCGCCAUAACCGACCUGACCCCAGUACCCGAGGCUUUCGUUCCUAUCAUCAAGUUUGAAUACUCGGGCAUCAGCAUAGAUCUUAUCUUCUGUUCGAUUCAGAGCCUUCGUCAACUUCCUGACGACAAGGACUGGAAUUUGAACAGUAACAACCUCCUACGCGGCUUAUCCGAAAACGAGGUGCGCUCGCUCAACGGAACACGCGUAACCGACGAGAUCCUUGCGCUGGUCCCUGAAGAGAAAACGUUCAAGCUGGCACUUCGUGCCAUCAAGCUCUGGGCUCAGAGAAGGGCUAUCUACGCCAAUAUCAUGGGUUAUCCUGGUGGUGUGGCUUGGGCUAUGCUGGUCGCCAGAGUAUGCCAGCUCUAUCCGAAGGCGACUAGUGCUGUCAUUGUCAGGAAGUUCUUCACCAUCAUGCUCAACUGGCCAUGGCCGCUCCCGGUUCUUCUGAAAAAUAUCGAAUACAACCAGUCCAUUACGCGUGUAGCGGUGUGGAAUCCCAAGAUAUACCCGAGUGAUCGCAAUCACAAGAUGCCCAUCAUCACCCCGUCAUACCCUUCCAUGUGCGCGACACACAACGUUGGAAGGUCUUCAAUGGCGGUAAUUCAGCAGGAGCUGGAACGGGGGGUGCAGAUUUCCGAAGAGAUCAUGUUGGGUAAAAGGCCUUGGAAAGAUCUGUUCGAGAAACACACCUUUUUCACCAAUGGCUUCAAGUUUUACCUGACGGUCAUUUCAUCCGGCAGGACUAAAGAGGCGCAGAAUACCUGGUCUGGUUUCGUCGAGUCAAGAGUGCGUGUUUUGGUCCAGAAGCUUGAGCUGCACCCUUCCAUCGCCCUUGCCCGCCCUUUCAACAAAGGUUACGACAGAGUGCACCGAUGCAAGACGGAUGCUCAGGUCGAAGAGAUCCAAACCGGAAAUCUCGCAUACAUGGUCAAGCCGACGGAUACAGCUGCGAAUGGGAACUCCAAGAGCGAAAGCAAAGUUGAGGUCAAGGCGGAGAUCAAGACAGAGGAUGGUGUUGCCCCGGGGCCGGCUGUGCCGGUUGUGAAGGAAGAACCGACAGACGUGGUACAUCUAGGAACGGUCCCUCUAAAGCCUGAGGAGAAACCUGUAAAGCCCGAGGCCAACGACGACGACGAGAAAGUUAAGCUGGCGGAUAUACCGGAGAAGGAGCCGGAGAUUGAGAUUUAUACCACUAACCAUUACAUCGGUCUGCAGCUGGUGGAGAAGGCUAAGUCUCUGGAUCUGUCCAGAGAAGUCGACGACUUCAAGGCAAUGUGCACUUCGAACGACAUCUUCAAAGCAGAGUUGAUGGGAUUGACUAUCCAGCACGUUAGGAAUUUCGAUCUCCCCGAUGACGUUUUCGAGCCUGGAGAGACGAAGCCUGUGAGGCCGGUCAAGAAGAAGAAGCGUAUGGCAGAGGGGGAUCCUGCGAACGGCCCGAUGGCCAAGCGACAACAGAUGGCGACCGCGCCACCGACCAUCAAGAGCGAACCUCAACACUGAUCGGAGGAUACACAGAUGGGCUUGUUGGCGGUUACGACCAAUCAGAUGCUAUGUGCGAGCAGUAUCACACGCGAGGUGUAGAGAAAUGUAUCUAAGAUAGAGUUGCUAAAUCUGCUAGACUAAUAAAUUUAGUUUUUCGGGGC